GGGCGGAGUUUAUAGAGAAAUAAAACCAGUUAAUUUCAAUUUCAUGCAGGAGUGUGUGCUGGACUGGGAGCCGUGAAUCAGGAAUCGGGGACGAGACGGUGAUGUUCGAUCGGGUCAGAAGCUCUCCAGGUUCGAACAUGACCUUUAGGAGGAUGUUGAGGCUGACAGCUGGUGUGCUCUUGCUGAGCCUGGUAUCUGGUUCGAUGUGUCCUGAUCAGCAGCGCUGUGGGGACCAGCAGACAUGUUGCCAGAUUCAGUCUGGAGAAUUUAAUUGCUGUCCUUUCCAUCAGGGCGAGUGCUGUGAAGAUCAUUUACACUGUUGCCCCGAGGGCAUGUUGUGUGAGGUGAAAGAAUCCAGGUGCACCAACGCUACACACUCACUCCCAUGGGCCGAGAGAUUUCUUUCCGGAGACUCUGACCUCAACGACGCGGAGUGUUGUUCAGACUCUGAUGUUCCCUGUGACGACACUGUGGCUUGUGCUGAUGGACAGACCUGCUGUAAGAAUGAACAGGGAGAAUGGGACUGCUGCCCUCUGCCUCAGGCGGUGUGUUGUGAGGACAAGAUCCACUGCUGUCCUCAUGAUACAAAGUGUAACCUCCCUGCUGAGUCAUGUGACAAGUCAUCACUUUCGGUGCCCUGGCUAAAGAAGCAGUCGAGUCGACCAAUCGGUGGACAGAAGGUUCCAGAAAUCAAGAGUACAUCAGCUUUUAAUGUUCCUUGUGACGACACUGCGACUUGUCUUGAGGGAAGCACAUGCUGUAAGAACGAACAGGGAGGAUGGAGCUGCUGCCCUCUGCCUCAGGCGGUGUGUUGUGAGGACUUUAUCCACUGCUGUCCUCAUAAUACAAAGUGUAACCUCGCUAUUCGGUCAUGUGACAACUCGUCAGGCUCAGUGCCCUGGCUGAAGAAGGAGCCGAGUCGACCAAUCGGUGGACAGAAGGUUGCAGAAUCCAAGGGGACGUCAGUUUCUGAUGUUCCUUGUGAUGACACUACGGCUUGUCCUGAUGGACAGACAUGCUGUAAGGAUGAACAGGGAGGAUGGAGCUGCUGCCCUUUCCCUCAGGCGGUGUGUUGUGAGGACUUCAUCCACUGCUGUCCUCAGGGUACAACGUGUAACCUUGCAGCUCAGCAAUGUGACAACUCGACAGGUUUGGUGCCCUGGCUGAAGAAGGAGCCGAGCCGGCCAACUGCAACCACAGCUCGAAAUACAUCAGUAAACGAAGUUGUAGUAAAGUGUGACCCUGAAAAGUCCUGUCCUGACCACACCACCUGCUGCUUUAUGACGAAGAGCAAGAAAUGGGGCUGCUGUCCUCUGGAUCAGGCUACGUGCUGUGCGGACGGAGAGAACUGCUGUCCGAAAGGUUAUACCUGUCGUGACCAGUUUUGUGAGAAAAACUCCGGGAUAAAGCACAAGUCUGUGUCUACAUCCUCUGUCUGGGAUACAACGACGCCACAGGUCCAAACUGACAUCGACUGUGGAGGAGGAUUCAGCUGCAAGGACACAGAAACCUGCUGCAAGAUAUCAGAGACUACCUGGGGCUGCUGCCCGUAUACGCAGGCCGUGUGUUGCAGUGAUAUGCAGCAUUGUUGUCCUGCUGGAUACACCUGUGACGAAUCUGGCUCCUGCUUUCAGGCUAUGGGCUUCGACUGGGAGAUGUUCUUCUCCAAGAAGAAACGUGCUCGCGCUGUCUAAACACACACACACACACACAUAAAUCUGAGUGAAGUUCAAACAUUACACUAAUCAGGUUUUUAGAUAUUUUGGUCUUUAUUGAUUUUUUACAGCAAUAAUUAAUUCAAUCGUCAAUCCUAUGAUCCAGCACUGAUAUUUUUUCACCUCCUUACACUUCCUCUGACCACUUUGAUGUUAACUAUCCGCAAGUUGCUGCACAUGGGGACAUGCAACUGACUUCUUACAGAAUCUUUGUACACAGAGAGUAGCUGAAGUGAUGUCUUUGGAAUUUGUGUGGUCUAAUUCUUCUACAAAUGAUUCUGUCGAUUGGCUAGCUAACAUCUUAGCAUGCCAGCUACUUAAAAGAAAAAGAGAAAACCGUUUAAAAUGUAAUGUAGUAGAUGUUUGUUGACAUCUACAUUGUGUUACGGGGAAGAGGAAGUCACUGAGGUAAAAUCAGCACUGAUCAGAAAUCACUUUUCCUCUAUUUAGAUAGGAUUUGUCUUUCUUUAGCUUAAGGUUAGUCUUGUGAUAAUACCUAUUAGUAAAAAAUGACAUUCCCCCUCAGGAUAAUACUUCUGUAAAUCCUUUAGGAGCUGUAUUUCUUCAUCUUUUAAGCAUUUACCAUUUUUAACACAUCCUCAAGUUUGAACAUCAAGAUUGCAUCUGUUGAUUUUGUUCUUUUUAUGGUGUGGGAUCUAUUAAAGAAACUUCUUAAUGGUU